CUGGGACCGGCCUGAGAUUCGGCAGCCGAGAUGGAGCUGAGUGCCGAGUACCUUCGGGAGAAGCUACUGCGGGAAUUGGAAGCGGAACACGUGGAGGUGGAGGACACGACCCUCUCCCGCUGCGCUGCUAGUUUCCGAGUCCUUGUGGUCUCCUCCAAGUUCCAGGGGAAGCCGCUGCUGCAGAGACACAGGCUGGUGAACUCGUGCCUGACGGAAGAGCUGCAGCACAUCCACGCGUUUGAGCAGAAGACCCUGACCCCUGAGCAGUGGGACAAGGAGCGGCAGAAAUGGGGCGCCGAGCAGGGCGGGAGACCCCCACCUCCGCAUUAAGACAUUAAAUCUCUGGUCUGUGGCUCGGCCCCUGCUGUGUUCCCUGCAUAUGUGUGUGUGUUUAUGGGUGUGUGUUCGUCCAUCUGUCCGUGUCCGUCUGUCCACCUGACUUGUUGUGGGUGGAGUCAGGACUCUGGCGUUUCUUGGCCAGGUUUAGCUCUUUUACCCUUUUUGGCGGCCCACUUCCUUUCAGAGCCUCGUUUUUCUCGUCUGUAAAAUGAGAGUGUUAGUCCACACAGGGACGCCCUUAGGUCCCUUCUGGCUCUGUUUCUGUGAAUCUUUGGCCGAGGUGCUGUAGGGGCUAAUCUGCGGGCCAGGGGACUGUGGUGCUUUCCAAGUUGCUAUGGACGAGUCAUCCACGUUUCCCCUUCCAAACCAUUGGGCAGGGAAUUACCUCCAGCCCCAACUCCUUAUUGGUUUAUUUCCUCUAGCUUAAGUUACUAACUGGUGUAUGGAGAAAUACCCCCCCCCCCCAGCAGGGAUUUCCCAGCUGUCUAGAAGGCUGAAGAUUCUCACGGGAAGUUCCUUGUACCCCUGAAAUCAUAUGUUUGGUUUCUUAAUGUUGUAACAGCAGCUCUGGGAACUAUGAGGUGGCCUGGAAAUUUUCCUUUUGAGCCUGGAGAGGUAGAGGACCAGGCUUUUCUCACGAAAUGUCCUUGAAUUAUGCAUAACAUGUUACAACUGAAGGCUGCUAUGGAAACUAUUCACACUAAGCUGUUAUUUAAAGAGGAAACAGACCUAGAGAGAGGGAAGAUUUUUUGGGAGGUUGUCAUGAAGCUGGUUACAAGAGCCAGGACCCAGGUCUCCUGACUCAACAGAGAUUUCUUUCCUUUGCCUUGUACUGCCAUCUGGAAAAGAGAGUUUCUGCUGACUUCCACUUAUCCAAGCUUCAUCUUACUGUUCCAUGGGCCGCCACCUCAGGUCCUAAACCACUCCCAGUUGUAUAAGUUUUGUUAGCAUAUGAUGGGGAAAAGUGUUCCAAAAAAUUACCGUAAUCAUUGUAUAAUUAAUAACAAUCAGGCUUGCUCCUCAAGAAGAAUUGAGAAAAUGGACCUCCUUGCUUUGUUGGUUAGUUUUGCUGAAUUCUUUCUCCCUCCUUUUUUUAAUUUUUGGGAAUGAAAGUAAUGUAAAAAUAAGAGAUAGCAAAUGAAAUAAGAUGGAAAAGGCUUUCUGAAUGAUCUGGGGAUAAGGAAAGCUCCUGACAGAGCCAGCAGUGUGUUACAUAGCACUGGAGUUAGAGUCUGAAAGACUGGGGAACCUGGGAAGAUCACUUAACCUCCCUUACCCUCAGUUUCCUUAUCUGUGGUUGUGAGGAUUAAAUGCAAUAAUAUGUAAAACACUUUGCAACUUAAAAUGCUCUAUAAAUGUUAAUUAUUACUACCACUUGGAUUUUUAAAACAGCUGGUGGGCACAGUGAUCACUUACCCGUGCUCUUUCUGGAAGAUUCCUGACUUGGAACAACUGGGAGAUACUGCUAUUGUGUGUCACCAAAUUUAGAAAUUGAUUUGGGGGGGAGGCUGGAAGGUACUUUAGAGGUUAUCUAGUUCAAAUCUUAUUCAUUUUAUAGAGAAGGAAACUUAAGCCAAGGUAUGGUGAAGUAAGUAACUUUACCUGAAGUCACAUGGUGAGGCAAUGCCAAAGUCAAUCUUCAAACUCAAGUUCUGAUUCCAGAUGAUGUGCUUUAUACCAGGCCCUGUGUUAUUGCUGACUGAUUGAUGGGAAUAGGAAUAAAGAGAACUAAGUACUUA